CGGCGGGCGCGCUGCCGCACUGGCUUGUCGGUCCGCAGCCUCCCGGCCCCGCCAUGGACUCGCGGAUGCAGCCGCCUGCCCGCCAGCACUGAGGCCAGAAACGGGAAGAAGACAAAGUCGUCCUGACCGGAGCUGACCCGAAGGACUGACCAUGUCUAUUAUGGACCACAGCCCCACCACCGGAGUGGUUACCGUUAUUGUCAUUCUCAUUGCCAUCGCGGCUCUGGGGGCCUUGAUCCUGGGCUGCUGGUGUUACCUGCGCCUACAGCACAUCAGCCAGUCGGAAGACGAAGAGAGCAUCGUGGGAGAUGGCGAAACCAAAGAACCCUUCCUCUUGGUGCAGUAUUCUGCCAAAGGACCUUGCGUGGAGAGGAAAGCCAAGCUGACUCCGAAUGGCGCCGAAGUCCACAGCUAAGCCGGUUAACCGCUAUCCCGGGCCCGCCCACCGCACGCACGUCCCCGGCGUCCGGCGGGCAGGACGUGAACUGAAGAAAACGGAUCCCGAUGGGCCGCGCCCUUAAAAGGAGAGAAAGGCGGCGCUCGGAUGGCACGCCGAGCUCUCGUCGGGUUAUGUCACUGCAUGCACUGAGACUGUCCGCCGUCACUCCUAAACCGUCACUCCUCGGCAUGGAGAGACGCCUCACCCUCUCGGUUGACCGUCCGUUGCCGGCAGCGGACGGACCGGGCCCGACCGACGUGAAAGGAUUCAUAGCGUUUUUUGUUACUUGAAUGUUUAGCUGAGCCUCUGUUGUAGAUGGAGCUAUUACUGUAAUGUGAACUAGCUAACACAAAACUGUGAACUGUAAAUAGGCCGCCCGAAGCGUGAAGCGCUCGCUUUUGUCAUGCAGCAUUAUGGAGCCCGGUCUGACGUUGACUGUGCUGAACCUAUUUAAGACUGAGCCACGUGACGGGGGGUUGGAAGGAUUCUAGACACGGAGAGCCAGACUUUGCCGUUCGACUCGUUUUCGACCUCGUGUGUGUGUGCGCGUGCGUGUGUGUGUGUGUUGCGUGCGUGCGUGUAGAUACGUAAAGGAAGAUGUCGCAGGUCUGAAAUGCCGCGGUGACUUGUUGCAGGACGUGCCCACCAAAGGGGACGCGUGCUGCUCUGACGGCUCGUAUCGCGGGAAGCAAUAGGCCGAGAAAGGAGAGAUGUACCUCUUUUUCCGUUUGGGUGGCGUUUAGGCUGUUAAUGUUAAUAUCGUUCGUGUGUUAACCGUAUAAAUUAUUGCAAGGAAGCUGCUUUCUUAACCAUCCGGGAGCCAGUGAAGGAUGUGUAUUUUACACAGGGAGAGUCCAGAAGGCUGCCAGGGAAACGUAGAGCAGCAGAGCAGUUUCUUCCCAUUGUUUUUAAGCAUGUUAGAAGCACAGAGAUGUCUCCCCUCCCCCUUAAAACUGGCAUUAUUUAGUGCUAACUAGCUGUAACUGCUAUUAUUUAACAUGAUGAUAAACAGUCUGUCGGUCCAUCUUGAGUCUAGUCUAAACAAGUCCACCUUUCCCAACGUGAAGUCGACAACUUGGGUCUGGAAAGGGACGGCUUGUCUCUCCACCCCUUGGCCUCGUGUUUUCAGAACUGGAGGCCCUCCAGUGAAAGUGUGUGUUUAGAAAUCAUUCACCGUGCCCUUGCAUUUCAUGAUCCUGUAGGUUCAGUGAACGUAACUUGUGGAAAUCUCUCUUCAGCCAGGAAGCAAUAGAACAUUCCUCUACUGUUCACGCUCUCAACUUCUUGGGGUCUAAUGGGAUUAAACUCGAUAUGGCUGAGCAAAGGUGAUUAGGUGCUCUGAGAGCACAGAAGGAGCUGCCUAGCUCCGUACGGUGAUGCAGUUUAAAAAAAAACAAAACACAGAGAUUAAGGUAAGAGCUACUUAAUUUACAUAAUCUCCAGGAGGAGUUGGCACUGUUCCCGAAUGGAGGGACAGGUUAACCAGCCCGGUAAUUAAAAUAGGUUGACUUGUUAAUGGAAAUUUCCACAGAGUGGCUCAAAAGAUAAAAAAAAAAAAAGCCACCGCUGACCCCAGAUUUAGUUUAGGAGAAACAAACCUUUAAAAAAAAAAAAAAAAAAAAGGAAUAGGAUAUAGGAAGGAAUCCUAAAUCCAACCACCACCGGCAUUCACUCAAUCGUAUUUAUUGAGCGCUGUGUGCAAAGCACUGUACUAAGCACUUAUAUUCCCUAUUCUCUAACAGUUCUUUAACAGUGAUGAAGGGUUUUGAACAGACUUCAGUGGGUGUCAAAAUUCCCAACAUUUACGAUUCAUUUUGCUAGUGUGACAGACCCACAGAGAAGCGAAAAGCAUGAUUCACUUUUGGUGGAGGGUGGCGCUUGGUAGCCAAACAGGUGCACCUGCGCACUGGUUUGUAGCCACCAUGCCUGAAAGCACUCACUCAUCCGCCUCAGCCCCGGAAGAGAUUUUUGAAGGCCCUGAACUGAGUUACUGAACGAUCCUGGAAGUAUAAGCUGUUGGAAAAAAAAAAAAAAAAAUGUUCACAGAAAUGACGUGGGGGGUGGUCGUUAUUAGCCCAUUACUCUUGGCAUUACCUGGAAAUGAGCGGCGAGGAAGUAAAGAGAAACUUUUGCCACCAAGCCACUUGAACACGGACUAGUCUUUCAGAGUCUGGUACUGAGGGGACUGUACUACUGUUCUGUUUCAAAGCUAUGACAUUUGUGCAAUAAGUGGAAGUAGUUUUUCACCGCUUUUAAGUUGGAUAAAUUCAACUUUGAUUUUCUAGACCAUUGAGAAAAGUCUUUAUUUACAAUUAAUUUCAAUAAAAUUUGCAUAAAUAUCCUCCCACU